CCCGGGCCGAGAUGAAAGUUUUUCUUUGCGAUUCUUUUAUCCAGCGAGCUUUGAUUCCAGCCGGCGCUCUUAUUCUGCUGGUCUUUCAUUUUAUAAUCCUAUCAGCAAUUAUCGGCCAGACACUCACGAUAAGCCCAACCCAACCCAAGCUCACCACUACCUUCAACGAGAUGACGAACAACGCCUUCAUUUCUGUCGCAAUCAUCUUGUGUGCUCUUUUGCAGGGCAUCUCAACCCGACCCGCGCCGGCGGAGCAGCAGCCCAAAGGGGCCAACCCGACGGCGAAGAUGUUCGGCUCGACGGUGCCCUCUGACGGACCGCCUGCAAGUGGGAAUGCCGGCCAGAUAAUCGUCGGCCCAGUCUAUCAAGCCUUGGAUCUCAACAGUCAGCCGAUCAUCCUCCAGGCCGUCUUGGGUGUCGACGGCCAACCCACAAUCGCACUCAGCUCGUCGAGCGGCUAUAACAUCGGCGCGUCUGCUUUGGCCACCAGCCCCGCCGGACCGCCAGCCGGUCCUGCUCCGGGAACCCUUUCCCAGAAGUCCGUCGGACACACUCCCUCAGAAGAGGAAUCGACCCCCAAGACCGACGCCGCAAAGCUUGAGAGUCUUAGCCUAUCGUCCUCUCUCACUCACAAGGGUCGCUCUAAGGCCAUGGCCCAAUCCUCAGCCAUCUAAAGAUUCUACUCUGCCGUUUCCUCUGUACGCAAGAAAGAUCUUUCAAUCGUCCAUCACCGGAUUCCCCACUCUCCCUCAGAGCCGAGUCAAACUUCUCUUCAUCUUACCUUCAUUUGUUGCAAUUUGGAUACAUAAUAGACAAUCCUGCAACGCUUCUUACUUUCUCACUUUGCGACUCCACAUACUCUAUAAUGAUCAUUUAAAUCUUAGGAAUCUCGCGCCUUCCUCUGCCAAUCUACCUGAUCUAUAUCUAUUUGAGUGUUUGUUUCUCUGUGAACGGAGUGGGAAUUAGACAGGUUUCCUUCUCUCUCUCUCCUCGCCCACAUGCAACUGUCUCGACGGGUGUUGAUGUAAUGACUUUGGGAAGUUGGAAGCAAUUGCACGUUUUGGCUUCCGGAUGCGUUGAGUUGAGACUGUCCUUGAGCCAUCGGUGUGUAUGUCUUCAUGAGAUCACGAGUGCAGCUCAGGAGUCAGACCAUGCGUCUUUCUUUUCCUCUACACGCUCGCCCCUGGAAUG